GAUCUGUACAAGGACGUCAUGAUGGAGGAUCACCGGCCCCUCACAUCACCAGUUAAAGAAGAGAUGAGAACACCGGAGAUAUGUCCCAAUCCUCUUCUUCCACAGGAUGGUUCAGAAGAACAUCACAAUGUCCCACAGUAUGAUCAGCUUGUGAUUCCGGGUGAAGAUCUGAACAUUAUAUAUGUUACAGAGAAAUAUGUGAGGGGUGAUGAGCAGAGUACAGAGGACAUUCCUACAGAUAACCGCCCAGAGGACUGUACCAGGAACUUAGAGAAACAUCUGGUAUCUUCAGAUUUUGAAGUAGAUGAUUGUGGUAUCACACGAGAUACAUUUGAAGAGCAUGCCAAUAUGCAAGAUAUUCCCUCAUCCAAUCACAGCAACAACGCAUCAUUUGAUUCUUUUAAACAGGUCCGAUCUUCUGAUUCAUCACCGACUGUAACACAGAAUAAAAGUCACAGAAGAGGUGCUAAACAUCAAACAGCUCAUGUAAGAGGAAAGACAUUUUCAUGUUCAGAAUGUGAAAAAUGUUUUAGAUUUAAAUCAGCUCUUGUAGUACAUCAGAGAAUUCACACAGGGGAGAAGCCAUUUUCAUGUUCAGAAUGUAGUAAAUGUUUUAAUCAGAAAUCAGAACUUGUUAGACAUCAGAGAGUUCACACAGGAGAGAGGCCAUUUUCAUGUUCAGAAUGUGAGAAAUGUUUUAAGAAUAAAUCAGCUCUUACUAUACAUCAGAGAAUUCACACAGGGGAGAAGCCAUUUUCAUGUUUAGAAUGUGGGAAAUGUUUUAAUCAGAUAUCAUGUUUUUCUGGACAUCGGAGAAUUCACACAGGGGAGAAGCCAUUUCCAUGUUCAGAAUGUGGGAAAUGUUUUAAGGAUAAAUCAGGUCUUGUUUGUCAUCAGAGAUUUCACACAGGGGAGAAGCCAUCUUCAUGUUCAGAAUGUGAGAAAUGUUUUGACAAUAAAUCAUCUCUAUUUAAACAUCAGAGAAUUCACACAGGAGAGACGGCAUUUUCAUGUUCAGAAUGUGGGAAAUGUUUUAAUCAGAAAUCAGAACUUGUUAGACAUCAGAGAAUUCACACAGGAGAGAGGGCAUUUUCAUGUUCAGAAUGUGGGAAAUGUUUUAAUCAGAAAUCAGAACUUGUUAGACAUCAGAGAGUUCACACAGGAGAGAGGCCAUUUUCAUGUUCAGAAUGUGAGAAAUGUUUUAAGAAUAAAUCAGCUCUUGUUAUACAUCAGAGAAUUCACACAGGGGAGAAUCCAUUUUCAUGUUUAGAAUGUGGGAAAUGUUUUAAGCAGAUAUCAUGUUUUUCUGGACAUCAGAGAAUUCACACAGGGGAGAAGCCAUUUUCAUGUUCAGAAUGUGGGAAAUGUUUUAAGGAUAAAUCAGGUCUUGUUAUACAUCAGCGAAAUCACACAGGGAAGCCAUUUUCAUGUUCAGAAUGUGGGAAAUGUUUUAAGGAUAAAUCAGGUCUUGUUAUACAUCAGCGAAAUCACACAGGGAAGCCAUUUUCAUGUUCAGAAUGUGGGAAAUGUUUUAAGGAUAAAUCAGGUCUUGUUGUACAUCAGAGAAUUCACACACGGGAGAAGCCAUUUUCAUGUUCAGAAUGUGGGAAAUGUUUUAACCGUAAAUCAAAUCUGAAUGCACAUCAGAAAAUUCACACAGGGGAGAAGCCAUUUUCAUGUUCAGAAUGUGGGAAAUGUUUCAACCGUAAAUCAUAUCUUGUUAAACAUCAAAAAACCCACAUAUCAGAGAAGCAAUCUUCAUGCUUAGCCCGUUAGUGACCUCCCAUAUCUGGUUUUAUGGUGGUCACUAACUGGCUUUAUUCCGUCAGAUACUCCUUUUUACAGGGAGAUAAACAGCGCCUUGCUUUCAGUUACCAGAGGUAGCUGAGGGCUUGGAGCGAUGAUUGGGACCGCUGUGAGAGCUCCCCAAACAAACAUAAUCUCCUGUAUUGAAUGAAUAUUGGUAAUCAAAGGACAGA